GAUUUUUUCGACGCCAUCUUCUCCGCAUCGGAAGGAGGACCGGGAGUGAGGCGCCGAGCGCCGAGUCGUGUCGUCAUGAGCGGAGCUAAAGCCCGCAGCGACGCGCCUGUUGCUGAAAGCAUCACCGGCGGAGGAGGCGGAGGAGGCGGAGGGCACGCCACCACCGCGGCCUCUUCGGAUCGUAAGCCCGCCACCGGAGGCAUCCUGAAGCGGCUGAAGUCCCGGAGGAGCCAGGUGGACAGCAGGCCCGUCACGGAGGAGGACCUGCGGGCACAGAGUGGACAGAUCGCGCCGGAGCAAGUUUUGGGACUGCGGGUCGCGACGAGAGGGUAUCUCUGCAAACCUGAAGACAACAUCUAUAACAUUGACUUCAUACGCUUUAAAAUCAGGGACCUGGAGACAGGCACUGUCCUGUUUGAGAUUGCCAAGCCUCCACAUAAAGAGGAGGAUGAGGAGAGCAGAGAUGGAGCCGCCAGUGCUGGUCGAUUUGUACGGUACCAGUUUACCCCAGCCUUCCUACGACUGAGGACUGUGGGAGCAACAGUGGAAUUCACUGUUGGAGACCGACCUUUAAACAACUUCCGCAUGAUUGAGAGGCACUAUUUCCGUGAUCACUUACUGAAGAGCUUUGACUUUGACUUUGGUUUCUGUAUCCCAAACAGCCGCAAUACCUGCGAGCACAUUUACGAGUUCCCUCAGCUACCUGACAGCCUAGUAUGUCAGAUGGUGGAGUGUCCGUACGAGACCCGAUCAGACAGCUUCUAUUUCGUUGACAACAGAAUGGUCAUGCACAACAAGGCAGACUAUGCGUACAAUGGAGGCCAAUGAUACUUGUCUGAAGUCUAACUCACAAACGAACAUGUAAAAAUGCACACAUGCCUACGCAUACACAUACAUACUGUGUGUUUAUGUGCUCAUGCUCGGACGACACACACACACACACACACACACACAGAUGCAGCCACAAAGAGUGGAGCAUCACCUAUUUGAUUGUAAACACAAAUCCCUUGCCCUCAUUUUCAGAUGAUUUUUUUUGUUGGUAUUACUACUACUUUCGGCUGUUCCCGUUAGGGGUCGCCACAGCAGAUCAUCUGUUUCCAUCUCUUCUUCUUCUCUGCUUCUUCCUCUGUCACACCAGCCACCUGUAUGUCCUCUCUCACCACAUCCAUAAACCUCCUCUUUGGCCUUCCUCUUUUCCUCAUCCCUGGCAGCUCCAUAUUCAGCAUCUUUCUCCCAAUAUACCCAGCAUCUGUCCUCCACACAUGUCCAAGCCAUCUCAAUCUUGUCUCUCUUGAUUUGUCUCCAAACCGUCCAACCUGAGCUGUCCCUCUAAUAUACUCAUUCCUAAUCCUGUCCUUCUUCAUCACUCCCAACGAAAAUCUUAGCAUCUUCAACUCUGCCACCUCCAGCUCCGCCUCCUGUAUUGCAGGAGUUGAAAUUGCCAUGGUGUCAAACUCUGGUCUGACACAGAAGUGGAAGGUCUCUAUUACGGAGGGACUCCAAGCUCAUACAUAUGGUUGGAUUACUUUCUGAUUAUUUUGAGCAAUGAAAAAUCUCAUUAAAACCAAAACCAGGCUUGUUCACUCCACUGCCCCUGUGAUGUGAGUCUCAAGCGGACUAAAGGGUUAUUAAAUAGAUCGUUAGUUCCCAAUCAGCAAUUUUAAAAGGACAUUCUCAUGGUGAUAUCCUCCCCAAUACACACAUGAGCGUGUGCGCACACACACAUACAUGUACAUGCAAUCCCCCCAAGUGACACAUAAAGGUUCUCAAUGUUUGUCGUAAGCAGCUGUUCUCAAACGUACGGCCUUCACAAUUCACUAAAUGGCAUCGAGGAAGGGAGAGAGAAGCUAUUCGCAGACACUUCUGUCAAACACAUAUGGUCUCUCCUGCAACCGCCACCCUUCUCUCUGUUUCAUAUCUCAUGCACAUGGACACACUUAACUAAAAGUACUGUACAUGAGUGUGACUGCAGUUUGUGCAAAUUUAUUUUGUUAAGUUUUUCUAUUUCUGUGGCAAGGGAGUAGAUCCGACAACCCAGCAGCUGUAUUUUAAUGUUAACUAUUGGCAGCAAUCAUACAAUAGAUGGUAAACCACAUCUAAUUACAGUAACGGUCCAAGAGAAUUACAGAUUGUUUAGCAAUUUUAAUAGUUCAGAGAAGGAAAACAAUCCGGCACUGACACACUGUCUAAAGCAGGGGUGCCCAACUCCAGGCCUUGAGGGCCGCAGUGUCUGUGGGUAUUUGUUCCAACCAUGCACUACACCACCUGAUUUAACUAAUUAGCUCACCUCUUGGACCAAGGAGGGAAAGGAAUUAGUUAAAUCAGGUGGUAUAGUGCAUGGUUGCAACAAAUACCUGCAGAUACUGAGGCCCUCGAGGCCUGGAGUUGGGCACCCCUGGUCUAAAGUGUAUUCUGAUUGAAGGUUGUGUUAUGGUGAUGUAAACAGUUUGGUAUUUAGGGAACGUCCAUCAUUUUACCUGGUAUAUUGGUUUGGGAAACGUGAACAAGACAUUCACUUGCUCCGAGGAGAUGGUUAUGUUGGUCUGCACAGAAUAAGAAUUUAAAUAAUUUUCCACAUCCCAGGCUAAUUUGUCAUAUUUUACAUUUCCAAAAUCCCCUUCGAACAGCAUCAGCCUACGUUGUAUUUUGACAUUGAAUGGUUGUUGUGUACCUGUAAUGUACUUGUGCUCUUAAGUGUUUAGCUUUAAAGGUGGUGAUUGUAAAAUAUAGUUUGUAAAAAGUGGGGAAACAAAAUAAACAAACAAAUAAAUAAAUAAAUGUA